AUGCGUUUCACAGAUCUUCUUCUCGCCAGCGCCGGCGCUACACUUGCUCUGGCUGCCCCUUCCACCGAGAAGCGUGCUGCGGGCAAGUUCCUCUUCACCGGUUCUAACGAAGCUGGUGGUGAGUUUGGCGAGACUCAACUCCCUGGAAAGCUCGGCAAGGACUACAUCUGGCCUACCACAAAGUCCAUCGAUACUCUUGCCAGUACCGGUAUGAACACCUUCCGUGUUGGUUUCCGUAUGGAGCGCAUGACCCCUAGUGGCAUCACUGGUGCUCUUGACGAGACCUACUUCAAGGGUCUUGAGAGUGUUGUCAACCACAUCACCAGCAAGGGCAACUUUGCUGUGAUUGACCCUCACAACUAUGGCCGCUACAACAACCAGAUCAUCCAGAGCACCGCCGACUUUGGCGCCUGGUGGUCCAAGGUUGCUAAGCGCUUCGCCAACAAUAAGAACGUCAUCUUUGACACCAACAACGAGUACCACGACAUGGAGAACUCUCUUGUUGCCGGCCUCAACCAGGCCGCCAUCGACGCCAUCCGCAAGGCCGGCGCCACCUCCCAGUACAUCUUUGUCGAGGGUAACUCUUACACCGGUGCCCACAGCUGGGUCUCCAGCGGCAACGGCGAGGCUCUCAAGAACCUCAAGGAUCCCCAGAACAAGAUCAUCUACCAGAUGCACCAGUACCUCGACUCUGACAACUCGGGUACCCAUGCCGACUGUGUCAGCAGCACCAUUGGUGUUGAGCGUGUCAAGGAGGCUACCAAGUGGCUCAAGGAUAACAAGAAGAGGGGUAUCAUCGGUGAGACUGCCGCUGGACCUAACACUCAGUGCAUUGAGGCUCUCAAGGGUGAGCUCCAGUACUUGCACGACAACUCUGACGUCUGGACUGGUUGGUUGUACUGGGCUGCUGGACCUUGGUGGGGUGACUACAUGUACAGCAUGGAGCCUGAGACAGGUGCUUCUUACGUGAAGGUUCUCCCUGAGAUCAAGAAAUUUAUCGGUGCUUAA